AUGCCUCCCAACCAUCUCGAAACCCAUGCCUUCAUCUACCCCGGCCGCCCCUGCACCUCCCCCGAAUCCACCUACACCUCUCACUCCAUCUCCAUCCUCCACCUCGAAUACUUCAAACUCCUCCCCACCGGCCGCCUCCAACUCCUCACCUACGACCCCCACAACCAUAGCGAUACCCAAAACGCAUUUGACCCCUCUCACCACCCUCACGCUCAACAAGGAAUCUUGGUGACCGUUUCGGCGGGAUACGACGCGAUCACCACCCUCUUCGAUAAUAUGAACGGGGAAUACUGGGGUUGCAUCAACACCCUCACAACCUUCGUCACCACCCACUCGAGCUCCAUCCUCGGCAUCGACCUCGAUUUCGAAAUAUACCCCGCCUGGCCCCGCGAACUCUUCACCUCCUUCGUAGGGUUCUGCACAGACCUCGGCCACCACCUCCACGCACACAAAAAGCUCCUAUCGAUCUGCGCCCCAUCAUGGGGUGGCCCGCCCUUCCACCCCUCACCCCGGAACUUUGAUUUGAGCGUAUUGGGAGCGUUGGAGUGUGUCGAUAUGCUCGUUUUAAUGACCUACGACGCACAAGACCUCACAUCCCUCACCCCCGAGAACGGUGAACCAACCCCGGUGACGCCCAGGAGUUGGUUGAGGGGUUUUGUGGGGUAUGCUUUGACACAACUCCCACCGCACAAAAUCCUUGUCGGGAUUCCGUCGUAUGGAUACCAUCGUAAGGGUGAUAAGACGCGGCUUCUCACGCGUGAUCAGAUACUUGAGAUUGCGCCGGGGGUGGUGGAGGAGAGUGUACGUGAGCUGGAUGGGAUGGAACUCGUGCUUCGUAUGAAUAAGCACCAAAAGUGGAGAUUUGGGCGGGGAGCGGAUGAGGCGAUUGUGAUGAACGAUGAGCGUAGUGUGAGGGCGAAGGUUGAUGCGUUGGUUGGGCUUCCGGUGCGAGGUAUUGCUGUGUGGCAUCUCGGUGGUGGGAAUCCGUGGAUCGAAUGA